AAACGUAAUUUAACUCUCAUUUCGAGAAAAUCAAAAAAAAAUUGUCAAAAUUACUAAUUGGCAAAUAAAAACACUUAAAAUUUACAGUUAUGCCAAAAGAGGAUUUAUUUUCAUUGGAUUUCGAUCUCAAAGGACAAUUACCAGUAGAAGCGAUUAAUAAAUUUCUGGAAACACAAGUUAAUAAGUUGGGUUUACGUGGCUGGGUGAAGGAAGUCUCACCGGGAAAAAUCAAAGGUCAUUUGGAAGGUGUUAAGCCCGAUUUGGAAAAAUUUAAAAAGGUCACACAAGCAGCCGAAGCACUCGCCAUGCAACUAACCGAUAUGGUGUUCACGGAAGCGAAGAAAAUCGAAAAGUACACAGCUGAAGCUUUCGAAAUAAAAAAGUGAGGCCAGGAAUGGUUUAACUAAAGCAGUUAAAAUCGGUAUAGAAGAGUUGUUUUGAGUACGAAUUGAAUAAAAAACAAUGGUUACGAAAUUUCCUCAAAAAAAAAAAAAAUAAUAAGUAUAUAAAUAGUAUUACAGUGAACCAAAAUUAAGGCAUAAAAUAUACAUUCAACAGAAAACAAGAGAAAAAACAACAGCGCAUACAGUCCAUAUGUUGCUGCCAAGGACAGUCAAGGAAGAGUUUUCUAUAUUUAAAGCCAAAAUUUUUGUUUUUCUUCCAUCAAUCUUUGUUCGUUCAGCGCACCAAAUCUUAAACACCGUUAUCACCAAUCUGUCGCUGCCUGCCUACACAAUUGCUGUAGGCGUAACGAACGAUGCAACGAAAUCGACGGAAAUCGACGGAAAUCGAAUAAGCGGCAACCGUACAAAGUAACUACUUACGGCGCGUUGGAACGCCUAACGAGGUUGCUACAACGCUAAUGAAGGCACUAAUAAGUAUCAUUAGAGCGAAAUUGCUGCGUGAAGUGUGGAUCAGUAGUGUAGCAGUGAAGAGCAUACAUCCUCAACAUGCGUACGCACUUUCAACACAUCCUUCAUACGAGCACAUCCAACUUAAAAAGUGAGAUUGAUGAAAGAAAGUCUCAUUUGUCGAUUUGCUCUUGGCCAAAAUCUAAAGUACUUAACACGCAUAUACAUAUACAUAAAUAAAUACAUAUAUAUAAAUAUAUAUAUAUAUUUAAAGCUCAAA